AUGCCGGUGAUGGCGGCGGUGGAGGUGGUGAAUUUCCCUUUGGCGGUUUGCGGUGGGGUUUUGAGGGGGACGGCGAAGCCGUGGCUCGGGACUUAUGGGAAUGUGUUAGGGUUUUAUGUGGUGGCGUUGCCGGUUGGGGUGGUGCUGGGGUUUAGGGUGGGGAUGGGGUUGGAGGGUUUGGUGUUAGGGUUUGUGGGAGGGGUUACGGCGUGUUUGGCGGUGGUGUUGGUGUUUGUUGCGAGGAUUGAUUGGGAGGAUGAGGUGGAUAAGGCGAGAAGACGAGUGGAGAUUAUUAGUAGUGGGGAUAGUGAGGAUGGGGAAGACGAGAGAAAAGGGAAAGAGUGGGGCGAGGUUAUAGCGUGA